GUGUAGUCGUCGUCGUCGUCGUUUUAGAGAGAGAGAGAGAGAGAGAGAGAGAUAGAGAGAGACAAAAGAGAGAGCGAGAGCUUUCUUGAGUUCUUCUCCUUCUUCUUCUAGAGAGAGAAAGUGCUUGCCUUUUUUUCUUCUGAGAAAUAUAGAGAGAGAGAGAGAGAGGGAGGGGCGGAGGCUGUGGCCUUGGCAUUUCCGUAGGAGAAAGUUAAAUGUGGCGGAAAAUCUAGUGCGCACCACCUCUACGUCUGAUAACUUGGGUCGGCCGGCAAUUUCUUUCCCUUGCUCAGAAGAUUGUUGAAAUUUCCUUUGUGGUAAGUGGGUUUUGGUUCAGGCGUUGAAUUUAAGCACUAGGAACUCUGUGAAGUGUUAAUUUGAUCAUUCUUUUCGAAGAAGCAUUCUACAAUCUAAGAGUCACUUCUAAAAAAGUACAUUAGUAGGCUUUGGAGCAAAAUGGGUGACACUGAAGAAGCCAAUAGUGAUAUGAUGCAAAGGCUUCAGUCUUCAUUUGGAACUUCUUCAUCUUCCAUUCUAAAGCAACCUUUAUCCAUGGAGCAGCUCAAUAUAUCCCAGUUAAGCCCUUCACUAAACCGUGCCCGCCAUUUUCAGCAAAAUUUUAGUGGAGAUAGUACCAAAAGAGUUGGUAUACCGCCUUCUCACCCCCAUCAGAUCCCACCCAUUUCUCCGUAUUCUCAGAUCCCGGUGUCCCGUCCGGUGAACCAGCAGAUGGGUUCUCAGAAUUUUAGCCCGGGACCCACUCAUUCGCGAUCCUUAUCUCAGCCGUCGUUCUUUUCGCUGGAUGCAUUGCCCCCCUUGAGCCCGUCUAUGUUCCGUGACUCCUCAUCCACGUCGAUAUCUGAUGCGGUGUCGGGUGAUGUGUCGAUGGAGGAUCGGAAUACGGGUUCGCAUUCUUGGUUGCCUCCCUCUCCCUAUACGAGGGGUGAUGCUGCGCGGGUUGGGGAUAGUUUACCCCCGCGAAAAGCGCAUAGAAGGUCUAAUAGUGAUAUUCCGUUUGGGUUUUCUAAUGUGAUGCAAUCUUCACCGCCCCUUGUUCCAUUGAGGGGUUCGGGUGGUUUAGAGAGGUCGAUGUCUAGUCGAGAAAAUUUGGGUGUGGCAAAGCCGGCUCAGCUGGUUAAAAAGGAAUUGACUUGGGAGAGAGGUGGUGAUAACAAUGCAGAAGGUAUGGGUGAGAGGAAAUCAGAAGGGGAAGUUGUGGAUGAUCUGUUUUCUGCAUAUAUGAAUUUGGAUAACAUCGAUGCAUUGAAUUCUUCGGGCACAGAUGAGAAGACUGGUAAUGAGAAUCGUGAGGACUUGGAUAGUAGAGCUAGUGGGACAAAGACUAAUGGAGGUGACAGCAGUGAUAAUGAAGCAGAAAGCAGUGUGAAUGAAAGUGGAGCCAGCAUGCAGAGGGCGGGACUGGGUUCUUCCGCUGAGAAGAAGGAAGGGAUCAAAAGGAGUGCUGGUGGAGAUAUUGCCCCAACCACCAGACACUACAGAAGUGUUUCUAUGGAUAGCUUCAUGGGGAAGUUGCACUUCGGUGAUGAGUCACCUAAACCGCCACCUUCACCUGGAACUCGUCCCGGACAAAUGUCACCCAGCAAUUCAAUUGAUGGAAAUUCAAAUGCCUUUAGUAUGGAGUUUGGAAAUGGCGAGUUUAGCGGGGCAGAGCUGAAGAAAAUUAUGGCAAACGAAAAACUUGCUGAGAUUGCUUUGACCGAUCCAAAGCGAGCAAAAAGGAUUUUGGCAAAUCGUCAAUCAGCUGCUCGUUCCAAAGAACGGAAGAUGCGGUACAUUUCAGAGUUGGAGCAUAAGGUUCAGACGCUACAGACUGAAGCUACCACAUUGUCUGCACAGCUUACCUUGUUACAGAGAGACUCUGUUGGUCUAACUAACCAGAAUGGUGAAUUGAAGUUCCGUCUGCAAGCAAUGGAACAACAGGCACAACUCCGAGAUGCUUUAAAUGAAGCCUUGACUGCGGAGGUCCAACGGUUGAAGCUAGCUACUGCAGAGAUGAGUGGGGAAAACCCAUCUAAGUGCAUGGUUCCACAGCUUUCUGUUAACCCUCAAAUGUACCAGUUGCAGCAGCAGCAGCAGUCCCCUACCCAGUUCAACAUUCAUCAGUUGCAACAGCAGCCACCUCAGUCACAGCAGCAGAAUGGUAGCACAACCUCGAAACAUGAGUCCCUUCAAUAGGAUGUGAAAUAUGGGUUUCUGUGUGUUGGAUGGCUCUGUGGUAUCAAUCAUUAUAGUUUAAGAUUCAGUAAUAGUUGCUUAAUGCAUUCAUUCGUUAUUAUACAAUCUUAAAUUAAAGUGUGUUAAUCAUGAAUUCAAUGUGUGUCCAGCUCGGACUAUGGGUAUUAAAUCAUAUACAAGUCUCAACAUUAAUUA